AUGUCCUUUGCAGAUCUCUCCUUAUUUCCCGCGACCCCCGAGCAGGUCCUCGAGUCGCGCACACGGAGCGCGGUGGAAUGGGCAAAGUCCCUUUCCUUGCAGGAUUACAUCCAGCGAGAUGUCAUCAUGGACAAGUACGAACACGCUGCCAACGGGAAGCUUAUUACUUGGGUUUUGGCACCCAGGAACGACUCCACCACGAUUGACUUCAUGUGCUCCUGCGAAACGUACCGCCGUACCGCCGUAAUCGCCAAACGCGCGAAAGAGGUCGAUGCGCGCGAGGUCCGCGAGGUCACAGCCUACGGCAUCGCGUCUGUCUACACCCCCGCCUCGAAGCGCGGCAAGGGCUACGCCCGCCACAUGAUGCGCCUCCUCCACUGGGUCCUCGCGCCGCGCUCCGCCCUGCCUUCCGCCUUCCCCGCCGAGUGGGGCACCGCCCCCGACAUCGACGUCCUCCGCGCGCUUGGCGUCGCGAACGCGCAGUUCUCCGUACUCUAUAGCGACGUCGGGCCCACGUUCUACCAGUCGUCCGGGCUCACCCCAGGGUCGAACGACGGCUGGGUCGUCCAAGGGGUAGUUACGACGACCAAGGCCGUCCACACGCACUCGCAUGCAAGCAGGUCCCCGCACGGCCUCAACUUGCAGCGGCUCUCGGAGGGCGAUGUCCUCGCGCUGUACGUGCGCGACGCUAGCUGGCUUAAAGACGACAUCUCGCGCCUCGCAGGGGACUCCGACCGCACCCUCUUCAGCUUCCUCCCCGACCGCGGCGUCGGCGCCUUCGUCCUCCAGCGCGUCAUGACGCUCAGCAAGACCGACCGCUCACCGGUGCUUCCCAGCGCGCAGUGGGGUGUUGCGGUCCUUCCGCAAGGCGCGCGAAGCCUGAAGGAGGCUCUCAGGCAGGUCGUGGACCCGCUGCCGUUCGCGACAUGGACGCUCGAACUGAACGCGUCCCCGCGAGCGCUGGUCGUGACGCGGCUCCGUGCGGACUCGCUGACGUUCCCAGCUCUGUUGGACGAGCUGCUCGCCGUCGCGCGCGAGGAGAAGGUCGAGAUUGUGGAGUUCUGGUACUUGCCGGCUGCGCUGCGUGCGGUCGCGGAGGCGCGGGGAUGGGCGUCGGCGGAGCGCAAGGAGCACCUCUCGGCCGUAAAGUGGUAUGGGGAGGAGCGCACGGACGAGAUCGAGUGGGUGUACAACGAGAAGUGCGUGUGUUGUGCUGCUGCUGAUGUGCUUCGCGGGGACUUCGGUCUGGAACGAACGCGGGUCGUGGAGUUUUCGGCUGACAGUGCUUCCCUAGAUUCUGCUGGUGCUAGAACACGAGGUGAGGAAAGGUCGGGUUGUAUGUAUAAUAUUGUGCGAAUUUUAACCCGCAUGUGUCUCGGAUGUGGAUGA